ACAUCUAACUGUCCAACCUUCUCUGAUACAAAGAAAAGACCUUAAACUUCUCAUAUCAAGAAACAAAAAUGGCGUUCAACACGAAGCUUCUUUUGGCCAUCUGCUGCGUUGCAUUGGUUUUCACUCUUGUCUCUGCAAACAUUUCCCAAGCAGAGAUCGAUGGCUUCCUCGAGGAGCACAACAAGGCUCGUAAAGAGGUCGGCAACAAACCCCUUAAGUGGAACACGACCUUGGCCCAGUAUGCCCAAGAAUAUGCCAACAAAAGAGUUGAUGACUGCGCUAUGGAGCACUCAAGGGGGCGUUGGGGUGAGAACUUGACCUCCGGCGACGGCAUGACCGGCGCAGCUGCCACUAAAUAUUGGGUCACCGAGAAAGAGUUCUAUGACCCCAAGUCCAACAAAUGCGUUAAAGACGAAUGCGGUCACUACCUUGCUGUGAUCUGGGGCAAAACCACCGAGGUGGGAUGUGGCAUUUCAAAGUGCAAGGAUGGAAAGAACUACGUCAUUUGCAGCUACGAUCCCAUGUACCAGCCCGAGGACGAGCGCCCAUACUAGACGCUGUAUGUACACACACCUACAUGAGGCUUGUUGAGAGGUCCCAUGUUUUUUUUUCUUUUGCGAAAUAUUUAGAAAAAUAAAAUGUAACGAGUGUAUACGAAUACUUCCCCACACUCAUAACUUUCCUUUACGUGACUAGCACUUGAUAUGGUAUUGUGAGAGGUUACAAGAGAAUCAAUAUAAAAAAAAAUGAAAAAGAAUAAUAUUAUUUCAUUUUCGUAAAUUCUAACCG